AUGGCUGGAGGUGUCGUUCUUGAGGGCACGACCGACGUCGGUCGGGUCGAAGCCCCUGUGACCGUAAAGGCUUACCUUAUCUGCGCCUUUGCUGCCUUUGGUGGUAUCUUCUUCGGUUAUGAUACUGGUUGGAUGAGUGGUGUCAUGGCCAUGCCCUACUUCAUCUCGCUCUACACCGGCAUCCCAUACGACUAUGCCACUUCAUCUCCCAUCGGUGUCGAUGCCUCAGCUUUUGUCCUCCCCACGUCCCAACAAUCCUUGUUCACUUCGAUGCUUUCUUGCGGUACCUUUUUUGGCGCUCUGAUUGGUGGUGAUAUUGCAGACUUCAUUGGUCGUCGCCCCACUAUCAUUGCCGGUUGCUUCGUUUUCACGGUCGGCUGCAUUAUGCAGAUUGCUUCUACCAGCCAGGAGGCUCUCUUCGUCAUCGGUCGUCUUAUUGCCGGUGCCGGUGUUGGUUUCAUCUCGGCUGUUGUUAUUCUCUACAUGUCCGAGAUUGCUCCCAAGAAGGUCCGUGGAGCCAUGGUCUCUGGUUACCAAUUCUGCAUCACCAUUGGUAUCCUGAUUGCCAACUGCGUCGUCUACGCCACUCAGGGCCGCCCCGACAGUGGUUCUUAUCGUAUUCCUAUCGGUGUUCAGUUCCUCUGGGCCAUAAUUUUGGGCAUCGGUCUGUUCAUCCUCCCAGAAUCGCCUCGUUAUUUUGUCAAGAGGGGCCAGCUUGAGAAGGCCGCCAAAGCUCUCGCUUAUGUUCGUGGCCAACCCGAGGACUCCGAUUUUAUCAAAGAUGAGCUUGCUGAAAUCGUCGCAAACAACGAGUACGAGCUUUCCGUCAUUCCCCAGACAAGUUAUGUCGGCUCUUGGUUGGCUUGCUUCAAGGGAUCGUUAUCCCGUGGUAACAGCCCCAUCCGUCGUACUAUUCUUGGUACCGGUAUGCAGAUGAUGCAGCAGCUUACCGGUAUCAACUUCAUUUUUUAUUUCGGCCCUGUGUUCUUUAAGCAGCUGGGAACGAUCAAGGAUGUCUUCUUGAUUUCCAUGAUUACCACCCUCGUCAACUGCUUGUCAACUCCUAUCGCUUUCUUCCUGAUUGAAAGGCUUGGUCGUCGUGCCUUGCUCAUUGGCGGUGGUACUGGUAUGAUUAUCUCUCAGUUCAUCGUCGGUGCCCUGGGCGUCACUGUCGGCCGCCAGGAGGCAAACAACACCUCUGCCGUUAGUGCCAUGAUUGCGUUUAUCUGCAUCAACAUCUCUUUCUUCGCCGUCACGUGGGGUCCUACCGCCUGGGUCAUUGUCGGAGAGAUCUUCCCUCUGCCCAUUAGAUCCCGUGGUGUUGGCGUUUCCACAGCCUCGAACUGGUUCUGGAACACUAUUAUUGCUGUUAUCACUCCCUACCUCGUCGGUGAAGACAAGGCUGCUCUUGGACCUAAGGUGUUCUUCCUGUGGGGAUCGCUUUGCUGUCUCUCGGUCACCUUUGCCUACUUCCUUGUUCCUGAACUCAAGGGACUUAGCUUGGAACAGGCCGAUCAAUUGAUGAACGAAGUUUCUCCCCGAAAGUCUGCUGCGUGGAAGCCUACAGAGACCUUCGCUGCCAAGAUGAAUCACGUUCAUGCUGAGAAACCUAUCGCCAGCACUACCGAGGCUCAUAUCGGCGACGACAAGGUCUAA